AUGAGCCAAACAAUGGAGGAUCUUGCAGAAAACCAGAAUCAAAUAAUGGUGGCCAUGAACCAGUUCUUAGUUACUUUUAAGAAAACUGGGCAUGAGCGUAGGACUCCAGACUAUGUCAAGCGACGUCUAGAGACUUUAGAUGCCUAUUGGCAGGAAUUUCAGAUGAAUCAUGUUACUUUGAGCGGUUUUAAGGACGAAUCUUUAGAGUAUUUCGCUAAAAACCGCUAUCAGCAAACAAAAGAAUUUUAUAUAUCUACUCACGAAUACAUAAAGCAAGCGACUACAUCAUCAGUUUUGAGACCCGCGACCCCUUUGGCUGGCACAUCGGUCGGGGUGAGCGUGGAACAGCAUACCAAGGAUACGGCCGAUACCGAAAUUAAAUCCUUACCCGCGGCUCCAAUGUUUCGGUCUCAAGGUACAAAUAGCAAACUGGAUGACUGGAUGAAGAAGCAAACCAGUAACUUUAAGGCUUUUUCACGCGCAAUCAGAAACAUAAACAUAGAUAGCAUAAGAGAAAGGUGGGAGUUUCAGGAUACAUUAAAAUCUUUAGAGGCGAGAUGGUCUGCUAUUGACUCCCUUCACUGGGAGUUAGAUGGGGAGCUCGAUGGUAAAGACCAGUCAUACGAAGACGCUUAUUCUGCCUAUGAAACAGCUUUUAAUUGCAUGAAAAAGAAACUGAAUAGCAAGUUGUGUCAUGCAACAAGCAUCCCUUAG